GGCAUUAAUCUGCGGCUAGAGUAUCUCUCAUCAUCAUCACAUCAAAAACAAAACUAUUUCUGUUUUUCUUGUCAGCUAGACUACCGACUAAAGCUACUCUGCGGUACCCGCUGGGACGGGAUGAUGAGUGUGUUUACACGCUGUCACUGACAUGAGUCCCGAUCUUGCUUCUGCUGCAUACCUACAUGAUUUGAAGCGUUUAUCAUACUUUAAAUACUUACAAUGGCAGAGGGAGGCUAUGAUCCAUGUGAGUGUGUUUGUUCACAUGAGGGUGCUAUGAGGAGACUACUUAGUAUGUUGAGAGAUUCACAGCAGACAUGUUCAGAUUCACAGUGUGACCUUGAAUUUCCAGGAACAAACGGAGGUAGCGAUGGCUUCAAUUACUCGAUGUUCAUGAUGAUGGUUGGUUGGAUUGUUCUUGUCGUUGUACUCUACUUGUUUAGACCAGCUUCAAUAAGAGGGAAUGGAGAUCAGAAGCCCAGACCAGGAAAUCAGGAUCCAGGCCCAUCACCUCGAGCACCUCCAUUGGAUUAGAUGUUAUUGUGGCAACCUGUUCAUUGUAACUGCAUCAAUAUGUAAAGGAGGUUUCUCUCUUUCAAUGCUUUAUAGGUACUUGUAUGUUGGUAUAAGGUAACACAGAAUUUGAUAUUUUUGUAAAUAUGAAAUAUGAAAGUAUUUUAUUUAAAAACAAAUACUAUUUUUGAAGGGUAAGAAGGGUCACACUCUAUUAAUGCAUUUUACAUGUUUUGUUGAAGGCAUAUUCCUAUGUGUUACAACCUGGCAUAUAAAUGCCAUGGAACAAGACCACCAGGUCUUUCUACUGUUUCAUUGUUAAGAUUUGUGUGGAAAGGGAUAUCAUUGAUGGUUUUCAUCAAAUAAAACAUGAAGGAGAUACGUUAAAACAUCAAGAAGAUUAGUUAAAAUAUGCAGAAUUGCAAUAUUAUGUAAAACAAUAAAUCAAGUGUUGAUAAACUCUUUUUAGCCAGGUUUAAAACUUUAAAUUUGGAGUCGCGUAUCUGUAAAAAUUCAGAAUUAUCAUGUAUCUGAUACUUUUAGUGCAUAUCAUAGUUGAUUUUCUAGCAGUUUGUAUGUGAGGAUAUUGCAAGCAAAGUGGGGGAAAGUGGUGUCGAAACGUUCUUGUUUUGAAAUUGCAAUAUGCGCCCUCAUAAACAAAAGAAGAAAAAAAAAAUAAUAAUAAUAAAUAAAUAAAGUAACAAUAAAUAAAUCAAUGAAUAAAAAAUA